GCGCGGCUGCGGAGGGAGGGGACCCCGACCGGAGUAAGUUCAGAGCACGACGCAGUCUUUCGAGGGCAGCAGCAAGAUGCCGAGCGUGCUGUGCCGACCCGGAGCCCUCCGAAAGCAACUUCGUCCAGCCUGAGCGAGGCUGCGGUUUCCGAGGCGCUCAGCCAAGGAAAAGCUACACAAUAAGCCGGGAUCUCUCAGUGACCCACCCCCGCAGCCAGAGAAGGAGCUCCGCCUCGCCCUCUAGCGUUCGUCUGGAGAAGCACCUCUCUCGGGUUCCUGGGGAAUCCAUCGCGCACCAUGGGGUCCACCAGCAUCCCGCUGGUCAAGGCCCUCCGCAGCUCCGUCUCUGACUAUGUCAACUACGACAUCAUUGUCCGACAUUACAACUACACGGGAAAGCUGAAUAUCAGCGCGGACAAGGAGAAUGGCAUUAAACUGACCUCGGUGGUGUUUAUUCUUAUCUGCUGCUUUAUCAUUCUAGAGAACAUCUUUGUCUUGCUGACCAUUUGGAAAACGAAGAAGUUCCACCGUCCCAUGUACUAUUUUAUUGGCAACCUGGCCCUCUCAGACCUGUUGGCAGGAGUGGCCUACAUAACCAACUUGCUCUUCUCUGGGGCCACCACCUACAAACUCACCCCUGCUCAGUGGUUUCUGCGAGAAGGGAGCAUGUUUGUGGCCCUGUCUGCCUCCGUGUUCAGCCUCCUAGCCAUAGCCAUCGAGCGCUACAUCACCAUGCUGAAAAUGAAACUCCACAACGGGAGCAACAGCUUCCGCUCCUUCCUGCUGAUCAGUGCCUGCUGGGUCAUCUCCCUCGUCCUGGGCGGACUGCCCAUCAUGGGCUGGAACUGCAUCAGCGCGCUGCCCAGCUGCUCCACAGUGCUGCCGCUCUACCACAAGCACUAUAUCCUCUUCUGCACCACUGUCUUCACUCUGCUCCUGCUCUCCAUCGUCAUCCUAUACUGCCGGAUCUACUCCCUGGUCAGGACUCGGAGCCGCCGACUGACCUUCCGCAAGAACAUGUCUAAGGCCAGCCGCAGCUCUGAGAAGUCGCUGGCGCUGCUCAAGACCGUGAUUAUCGUCCUGAGCGUCUUCAUCGCCUGCUGGGCACCCCUCUUCAUUCUGCUCCUGCUGGACGUGGGCUGCAAGGUGAAGACCUGCGACAUCCUCUUCAGGGCGGAGUACUUCCUGGUGUUGGCGGUGCUCAACUCUGGCACCAACCCCAUCAUUUAUACUCUGACCAGCAAGGAGAUGCGCCGGGCCUUUAUCCGGAUCAUUUCCUGCUGCAAGUGCCCCAGUGGAGACUCCACUGGCAAAUUCAAGCGACCCAUUAUCGCUGGCAUGGAAUUCAGCCGCAGUAAAUCUGACAACUCUUCCCACCCCCAGAAGGAUGAUGGAGACAACCCAGGGACUAUUAUGUCUUCUGGAGACGUCAACUCCUCUUCCUAAAACUGAAAGCUGCCGACCCGUGGGGACAUUUUCUUGCAUGGUUACCCACCAUCCCAGUGUUUGGGGCAAAAAAAAAAAAAAUCUCUGCCUCUACUGCUGCCUGGGAGGAGCUACCGCGAGCCAGAGGGAGGGAGGGGAGAGUCAGAACAGCUUGGUGGUGCCGCGUAUUGCUGCGCUGCGUAGAGCUAGUUCCUGUGAACAAUGCACUGGGAAGGGUGGAGAUCAGGUCCUCGCCUGGAAUCUAUUUCCUCCCCCAACUGGAGCUUUGAUUUUGCACUGAGCCAAAGGUCUAGCAUUGUCAGGCUCCUGAAGGGUUCAUCUGGCCCCUCCUUAAAGACUAAGGUCCCGGGUGAAAGCGUCUCUGUCUGGAGCUUUGAGGAGAUGCUGUCUUUCACCCCAGUUUCCAACCCAAGUGAGUGUGUGCACUUCUGCUCCUCUAGGUAUGUUCUACACAUCGCACCCUGCCUUCCUCUUCACACCCCUCCUCAAAGUUCUUUUACUUUAUAUUUAACUACCUGGCAUUCAUCAGAGCUGGGACUGUGGCAUGGCCCAUUUCUUGAUCAUUUGUAGCAGGAAGGCUGUGUCCAGGAGGUAGACUGUGAGGAGAUGGAGAUGGUUUAGAGGCAUAGGCAAUUUUGUUUGCUGAGGCCAAAGUUUCCAUUAAGCUGAAAAUCAGUUUUUUGGAAUUUGGUUAUAGUCACUUUGAUUUUUUUUUUACAUUUUUACGAUGUAAUGCAUUUUAAUAUCAUAUCCAUUGUGGCUGAAAUCUGCAUAAGGAGGUCCAAUUUAUCUAAAUGGUAUCAGCCAGGAUCUUAUGUGUCAUAGGAGAGACAAGCAAAACAAGGUGAAAACUGACUGGAGGGGAGGGGAGGGCAGACUUUGUAAACCAAGAGAGAUUUAUAAGGAAUUUGUGUAACAAAUACAUCUGUCUUUGGCACUUUUGUUGAUGUUUAUUUCGGAGUGUUUUUGUGAGAAUCAUUUUCAACAAGCAGGUGGUUGUAUUUUGUUGUGUUAAAAGUACUUUUCAUGAUAUUUGAAUGUAUUUGUUUCAGCAUAUUUUUGGAUUUUUCUAACCUGUGUUAACACCGUUGAACAUGUAUUUCUUAAGAAAAUACCACCCUCUUGUGACCUUAAAGCAUUACUUUAACUGAUAGGAAACACCAGAAGUUUUUUAGUACAGCUGUUCAAUUAAAUAGUUAAUUGAAGAUGUGUAUAAACCUUACAAAGAAUAAAAAUAUAUUGCUGUCUCUUUAGUAUGGUUUUCAGUGCAAUUAAACUGAGAGAUGUCCUUUUUUAAAAAAAAUAUAUAGUAUUUAAUAGGUUUCUGACUUUUGUGGAUCAUUUUGCACAUAGCUUUAUCAACUUUUAAACAUUAAUAAACUGAUUUUUUUAAAGA